CGCGCAGGUCGUAAGUGCGCCGCUCGCCUAAACGCCGACUAUCCCAAAUAUUUUUUUCGAAUCGGAAAAAAGAGUACAACCUUUUUAAAUAAUUCCUCUAUUGAAAUUUCGCUGGCCGUCAUCAGUUUUGUUUUUAAUAUUCCGUGAUCCGACGUAGUGAACUCUACAGAAAGUUUGUUUUAAAAGUUUUGUUUUUUCGUAUUUAUUUCGAUUUGCACUUUAGAAAUGUUUUUGUGAUUACAUUGUUAUGUUGUUCGGUUUUGUGGUUAUUGUUUGGUGUUUGGUUUUUGUUGUAAUUUGAGUUUCGGACGGAAAAGUUUGGAGUACAAGUUUUGCGGUGGUCUUGUGUUUUUGAGGUAACGCUAAAAAGUGCAUCUUUUAGUGACUUGUAUUGGUUUUGGAACAAUAUGAUGCUAUUUUGGAAAGUGUUGUGUUCUCUGCUGCUGCUAGUGCAAGCCGUCUUCGGAAACUGGUGGAAUUUGGCGGCACCUCGACCACCGAGCGAGGCCGGCAACUCCUCGCUGGAGACGUUCACAGCGCUACACAAAGAGAACUGCCACAGACUGGAGUACCUGGUGGAGCGGCAGAAGCAGCUGUGCCUGCUCUCUGAUAAGAUGAUACAGGUGCUCCAGACAGGGGCGGUCCAGGCCAUCGAGGAGUGCCAGCACCAGUUCAGGCACAGCCGGUGGAACUGCAGCACCACCACCAACGCCAACUCCUCAGACAUCUUUGGCGGCGUGCUGAAGUUCAAGUCCCGUGAAUCAGCAUUCGUGCACGCGCUGUCAGCCGCCGCGCUUGCGCACGCAGUAGCACGCGCGUGCAGUCGCGGCGAGCUCAACGAAUGCUCGUGCGACGCUCGCGUUCGCAAGCGAACACCGCGCCAUUGGCAGUGGGGAGGAUGUUCGGAGGAUAUAAGAUACGGCGAGAAGUACAGUCGAGACUUCGUGGAUUCGAAAGAAGAUAAGAAUUCAGACGAAGGCUUGAUGAAUCUGCACAACCACGAGGCUGGGCGAAGAGCGGUCCGCAGCCGAAUGCAGCGCGUAUGCAAGUGCCACGGCAUGUCGGGCUCGUGUUCAGUAAGAGUGUGCUGGCGCCGCCUGCCACAGCUACGGCUUGUAGGCGACGCGCUCGCCACCAGAUAUGAGGGCGCUUCGCAUGUCAAGAUAGUCGAACGGAAGAGAGGCAAGAACAUACGGAAACUGCGACCACUUCACGCAGACAUGAAGAAGCCCAACAAAACGGAUUUGGUGUAUUUGGAAGAUUCUCCUGACUACUGCGAACCUAAUGAUGAACUCGGCAUCCUCGGCACCCGCGGGCGUACAUGCAACCGUACAUCAGCAGGGCUUGACGGCUGCCGGCUGCUGUGCUGCGGACGCGGGUACCAGACGCGCGUGAGGGAUCAUGAGGAGAAGUGCCGCUGCAGGUUCGUCUGGUGUUGUCGGGUGCACUGUGAGCUUUGCCGCUCCAAGAGAGACCACCACGUCUGCAACUAGGAGGCUACAUACAACGAGACCAAAUGCUUUACCAUCGUUGAGAUAUUGUUCGAUAAAUGGAGGAAUUUCGAUAAUGUUGACUAAGAUCGUUUCAUCCACGAAGCCCCACCAUUCUUCCGCUAAUGUUUGAGUGUUAUCGGUACACGCUAAAUCAUCCAUGAGUGCACACGCACACUACAAUAAUGACGCUCGGAUUGCUUGAAUCAAACUUCCCUCGACCAAAAAUUGGUGGGGCGCGUCUUCGUGGAUGAAACGAUCUAUAGAUACGACUACAGAAUAGCAGUACGAUAGGAUCCAAUAGUUUUAUAAUGUCUGACCUUUCUUUGACAGUGAGUAUGAUAUUGUCUCAACUAUGAAUUUUUAAAAAUUUUGUUCGCUACUUUUCAUUGGUAUCUUCUACUAAACUUCUGUAAUGCUCUUGUUUAUUAAAUUCUGUUGUCGACUGUAGAUGUUAGCGCUCCAAUAAUAUUAUUAUGAUCUUCGUAUGAGACAAUUUGUAAAAUUAACCUUUAAUUUUUGUUAAAUUGACUAUUCCAAGUCCAAGUCCCAUAAUAUUAGGUAAACAACCUUAAAUCUGGAAUAGGAACUUUCGGAAACAUAUUUGGAUUUAUAUUUGGAAUUCUAUUUUCAAAUUGCAAUCAACCUUCUUUUGUUAAAUUCUUUGCAUUUAAAAGUGUUUAAAUUGAUUUUUGUAUCUUGCCAGUAUUCUUUUAGCCUUGCUUUUGUUAAUUUGUCAAAUAAAUUAUUUCUUCUAUGUUUUAAAUGGACUGAUUUAGUUUAAGUGAUUAUGUAUUUUCUGAUAAUAAGCUUUAAAGUAUUUACAGUAUUACCUACUAACUUAUUUGUGUUUUUGAUGUAAAAAUUGUAAAUAGCGCUUUUGUUAAUACAAUUUAUAAAUAUAAUAUUUAAGUCUUGAUGAAAGAUGUUAUAGAUUUAAGUCUCAUUAGAUGGUUAUUUCAUUUUAAUCGAAUUCUCUUGUAAAUAAUUUGGUACUUAAAUAUAGCGGUUUAAUUUUAUUUUCUACCUCAUGGACAUGAAUUCGUUCAAGCCAUAUUGAUAUUGUUUUAUGAAACAAAUAUUAUUUCGAUGCUUUUUAUAUUAAUUUAGUUUUAAGAAGCGCUGUAAAUAUUUAAAUGUUCUAGUAAGUUAACGUUAGUAAUUUAUUUAAAUUAGAUUGUGAUAGAUUUAUUCCUCUUAGAUGUUAGUUGAUCGAAAUUAUGAUGUAGUUUUUCAUAUUGGCGUAAUUAAAAUCUCAGAAUGUAGUAUAAAUUCUAUUGCCAUUUUGUAAAUAUUUCAUAAUGUCGUAAUUGUAAUAUUUGAUACUUGUCUUUCCAUUACUGACGAUAUAAUAAACAGUCUUCACUACAAAAUUAAAUAAGCAUUGAUUGAAAUUGUUGUGCAAGUGGUUAUGACUGUCUUUAGAGAUAUCAUAAUUUGAUAACAAAAUCUAUGAUAAUGAUGACACAAAAUUAAACGUAAAUUAAAUAAUAAAUUACAACCCGAUCGCGUUAACUGCACACCUGAUGGCCGUGACGUCACAUCGGCGGUCUAGUAUGGACGGGGCGAACGUGGAGAAGUGUGUGGUAACUUGGUGCGCAGUUAGCUCGAUCGGAUUAUAGAUAGAACCUUUCGUUUAAUGUCGCAUACGAAAUUAAGGCGAAAAUUUAAAAUAUUAUUCUAAUUAAGAAAUCAUGUUCUAGAAUAAUAUAAGUUAUCUGCUUGAUAAUAACCAAAAGAUAAAUUGUUACGUACAGAAGACAGCACAUCAAGUUAAACACAGUGAAUCUUAUGUACUCGUAACAAGAGUUAUUUUACAAUAAAAAUGUAUAGCCUGAUGUGCUGUUGACUCUACUUGGCUAUGAAAGGACAGUCAGAGCGAAGACUUGUAGAUUACCACUUUGAAUAUGAAAUAGUUACUACUUGAUGUAAAUGGGAUAAAAUAAAUGUAUUAGAAACCA